UUCUCCCUGUGCCACAGUGGUCCAUUUGUGCGCUCCUCGUCCACAAAACCGAAGCUCGCCGUGCCUUUUUCCUCCUGCUCCUCCUCAUUCAUCAGCACCUGCACCUUUUUUGUGUGUGUGUGUCAACAAUACGCCGUCUGAUGGUUUAGCAGGUUCGCAGGACGCAUUGGCGCGGGCGCACAUUCUUCGUGGGUGUGUGCGCACAGCAGCCCCAUCACGCACAUCUUGUGGAUUUUAUUUAUUUUUUUUUAAAUCACGAGCGACCUCGCGUACAUGGUGCGCUUGUCUCCUCCGUCGCCAGGAGUUCGUCUCACUUCACGGAUAGAAAAAUGUGGCCGGGCAUAGUGGUGAUACUUUGGUUGUGCGGAGACUCGAUGGCCGGCUUUCCGAAUCAAAUCAACAUCGGUGGACUCUUCAUGCGCUCCACAGUCCAGGAGCACAGCGCCUUCAGGUUUGCAGUGCAGCUGUACAACACGAACCAGAACGCGACGGAGAAACCUUUCCACCUCAACUAUAAUGUCGACAACCUGGAGUCCUCCAACAGCUUUUCCGUCACACACGCCUUCUGCUCUCAGUUCUCCCGAGGAGUCUACGCCAUCUUCGGCUUCUACGACAGGAAGUCUAUGAACACGCUGACCUCCUUCUGCGGAGCGCUGCACACAUCCUUCAUUACCCCCAGCUUCCCCAUCGACGCCGACGCACAGUUUGUCAUCCAGAUGAGGCCCGGCUUGCGAGGAGCCGUCUUAAGUCUACUGGACCAUUACAAGUGGGAGAAGUUUGUCUACCUCUACGACACCGAUAGAGGUUUUGCCAUCCUCCAGGCCAUUAUGGAGUCGGCUGUGGCCAACAACUGGCAGGUGACCGCCCGCUCAGUGGGCAACAUCGCGGACCCCACCGAGUAUCGCCGCAUCAUUGAGGAAAUGGACCGCCGGCAGGAGAAACGUUUCCUCGUCGACUGUGAGGUGAACAGGAUCAACUCCAUUCUAGAGCAGGUGGUGAUUGCGGGCAAAAACACCAGAGGAUACCACUAUAUCCUUGCCAACCUGGGUUUUUCCAACAUGAGCUUGGACAGGGUGUUUUCUGGUGGAGCCAACAUCACAGGUUUCCAGAUCAUCAACCCGGAGAGCGCCAUUGUGCAGCAGUUCCUCCAACGCUGGGAGCGUCUUGAUGAAAGAGAAUUCCCAGAAGCUAAAAACACUCCACUAAAGUACACAUCGGCACUGACCCAUGAUGCCAUCCUCAUCAUCUCUGAGGCCUUCCGCUACCUUCGACGCCAGCGUGUGGACGUGUCCCGCAGGGGAAGCGCGGGCGACUGUCUCGCUAAUCCUGCUGUGCCCUGGAGUCAAGGCAUUGACAUCGAGAGAGCUCUGAAAAUGGUCCAAGUUCAAGGCAUGACAGGAAAUAUCCAAUUUGACACAUUCGGGCGAAGAGCCAACUACACGAUCGAUGUGUACGAAAUGAAGUCAGGAGGCCCUAGGAAGAUCGGCUACUGGAAUGAAUAUGAAAAAUUUGUAUAUGUAAUGGAUCAGCAGGUCACCAACGAGUCGUCUUCUGUGGAAAACCGAACAAUUGUGGUCACUACUAUUAUGGAAGCGCCAUAUGUGAUGUACAAGAAAAACUAUAUGCAGCUGGACGGGAAUGACCGAUAUGAAGGCUACUGUGUCGAUUUAGCGUCCGAAAUUGCAAAGCACGUGGGGAUAAAAUAUAAGCUCUCGGUUGUUCCGGAUGGGAAGUACGGAGCUCGAGAUCCAGAGACCAAGACGUGGAACGGGAUGGUGGGUGAACUGGUUUAUGGGAGAGCUGACAUAGCAGUGGCUCCUCUCACUAUAACGUUGGUACGAGAAGAAGUGAUAGACUUCUCCAAGCCCUUUAUGAGCUUGGGCAUCUCCAUUAUGAUAAAGAAGCCUCAAAAGUCCAAGCCUGGUGUUUUUUCCUUCCUGGACCCGCUGGCCUAUGAGAUUUGGAUGUGUAUAGUGUUCGCCUAUAUCGGCGUGAGCGUGGUGCUGUUCCUGGUGAGCCGAUUCAGUCCUUACGAGUGGCAUCUGGAUGAGAACGAUGAGGCCAAAGACCCUCAGAGCCCCCCCGACCCGCCCAACGACUUUGGCAUUUUUAAUAGCCUGUGGUUCUCGCUGGGUGCCUUCAUGCAGCAAGGAUGCGAUAUCUCGCCAAGGUCACUCUCAGGCCGCAUAGUCGGAGGAGUGUGGUGGUUCUUCACCCUCAUCAUCAUCUCCUCCUACACGGCCAACCUGGCCGCUUUCCUCACCGUGGAGAGGAUGGUUUCUCCCAUCGAGAGUGCCGAGGACUUGGCCAAGCAGACAGAAAUCGCCUAUGGGACGUUAGACUCAGGCUCCACAAAGGAGUUCUUUAGGCGCUCCAAAAUAGCCGUUUAUGAGAAAAUGUGGUCAUACAUGAAAUCAGCGGAACCGUCGGUGUUUGCCAAGACAACACCCGACGGGGUCUCCCGGGUACGAAAGUCGAAGGGCAAGUUCGCCUUUCUCCUGGAGUCCACAAUGAAUGAGUACAUAGAGCAGCGCAAGCCGUGCGACACCAUGAAAGUGGGCGGAAACCUCGACUCGAAAGGCUACGGCGUGGCCACGCCCAAAGGCUCUGCAUUAAGAAAUGCUGUUAACCUGGCAGUUUUAAAACUGAAUGAGCAAGGCCUCUUGGACAAAUUGAAAAACAAAUGGUGGUACGACAAAGGAGAGUGCGGCAGCGGGGGAGGUGACUCUAAGGACAAGACAAGUGCACUAAGCCUGAGCAAUGUGGCAGGGGUCUUCUAUAUUCUGGUGGGGGGGCUGGGCCUGGCUAUGACCGUUGCCCUCGUAGAGUUUUGCUACAAGUCUCGGCAAGAGACCAAAAGACUCAAACUGGCAAAGAACGCCCAAAAUUUUAAACCGGCCCCUCCGGUGAACACCCAGAAUUUUGCCACGUACCGUGAAGGCUACAAUGUGUAUGGGAUGGAGAGCGUAAAAAUCUAAAGGAGAGGACAAAGAGGUGCCCAAAUUGGCAUCAGGAUGGGAACGACCACCGUGACACUCGCGCCGGCGUGGUGGACAGUGAGAGGCGUUUUGCGAGGCCCGUCACAAAAACACACGGCCGUGACGCUGCAGGACUUCUAAGGGGUUCCCUUUCCUCUCAUUAGUGCCUUACGGAGCAUUUGGCGUCGUGGCAAUUGACAUUCGCUUGAAAUUAAACGUGUGGAAUCAAGAGCGGAACACUGGAGAUGUUCACUUUUAUAUUCGAGAUGAACACAAGAUAUGGAAUCAUCCCGAUUGGAAUCCUUUUUAGCAGGGGUCACCGACAUUUGGGCCACUGGUUUGAUUUUGAAAUAACAAACAUGCUCAAAUGACCUUUAAUUUUACAGUAUAGUGCGCUUUUAAUAAUAAUUUGUAGUCAUUGACGUUUGUUAGUGUGAGCAUUUUCAAAUGACAAUCCUAGGAAAUGACAAUGUCCUUCAUAGAGUACCCUGUUGGUGACCCCUGCUUUUGACAUAGAUUGUGGUGAAAUUUUACGUUGUACAACUGUUCAAUUUGGUGAAGUCAUUCUCUUGUUUCACUAUCAGAUUUUUCAGUGUCAUAAUAUUUAAGACGAGCGUUGAUUAAGGUUUAAGCUUUUUUGGGGGGGUGGGGUGUGGCGGUAAUAAAAAGGACAUCCUCUCCCGGUAUCAUUUUUAAGAUCGACAUGAAGUAACCUAAGUGACUGGGAAGCUGACAGACUGCAUUUACUCAAACUGCCGCUACUUUGGGAGUUUGACUUUGUAUCACUUGGUGCCAUGUUGUACUUUCAGAGGAUUUGAGACCAUUCAUGACGUGAUAUUCCAAAUGCUGACUGGGCUUACGCUUUAUACUUUGUACACUCGUAGACGCUGUUCCCGCCUGACUGCAGACUCUGCGGUGGUGAAUUUGAACAUUUUGGCUCGUUUUGGGUGGAGGAGGUCAUUCAGCUGUGCAAAGGCCAACCCACGUUUAUCGAAACAAGCCUGAGAAUGCUACAAGGCAUUCGUGUUUGUUUCGCCAAGUCCGCCACUCUCCAUGGAAGCCAAGCCCAAUAUUAUUUCAUUUAGGUUGAGUUUAAUCAUUUGUACUGCAAAGAUGAGAGCUGCAUGCGUUGACACAAUGAGCACCGGAGGAGACGUCAUAAAGCAUUUUACUACAUUUCCUUAAUAAAAGCUGGUUUGUAUUCA